AGAAAUGAAGACUUAGGUAUAUUGCUUUUUGUCCUAGACUGUCCUAAAAUUGUCUUUAAAAAAGCAUUUGAAGAUCAUGGAAGCAUUAUGAAAUGAAUAAAAUACUGCUGCUUAAAAAUAGGAUUUAUCCUUACAUUAAAAAUUCUUGGCUAUAAAAAAUAUGGUUAAAAAUCCAUCUGGAGUCCAUCGUGAAUCAGAACGGACAUCAAGGAAUAUGCCAUCCAGUCAGCUCAGACCUCCCACAUCAGAGCUUUUAGAACUUCAUGUUUUUUAUGUUCCGGAAGAAGUGUGGAACUUCAGGUUGAAUACUGUCCCAGUGGAUGUUACUAAUAAAUUCUUGUCGGCUGGAUUCAUAAGGGUAUCACCUCAUAUGACCCUGAGAACACUGCGAGAGCAGCUUCGAGAGCAUCUAGGUGAAGAUUCAGUUGUGAAAAACUAUACUUUUCUUAAAUGUAUUGGGGGAAAACUUGCAAUGGUAAAAGCAAAGCAAGAGAUGGAACUGAAACUGAGAUCAUUUGCUCCUCCCUAUGCAUUUCAUCCAGAGCUUUAUUUGUUACCUGGAGUAGAAAAUAUCUAUUCAUCUUCAUCAUCAACUCCAGAGAGACCUCUUAAUAAUAUGGAAUGUGUGUUGGCAUAUACAUCUCUUCAUAAAUCACAUCGUUCAGCUGCUCCAGAUCAUGAAGGGGAUCAAAAUGCAGCAGUUUUGGAGAGCGCCCAGAAAAAUCAUUUCAGUUGGAUGCAGGAAAAUGAAGAAACCCAUUCUAACACGAAUCAACAGGAAGAAUCCAUUACACCAUCCUACAUAUUGCAUGAUUUAAAUUCUGCAGAACAGAAUUCUGUAAAAACUUCAUUGGUGAAAACUCCUAAAAGAAAACCUCUAAAUCAAGCUCCCCCCAAAAGUAACCAUCUCAGAAAAGGUGAGAAAUACAAAGGAUCUAUGGUAAAUCAGAACAGUGAUCAAGAGAAGACUGAAGCAAAUCUCAUCCAGCAUAAGACCAAAGAAGACAUCUCUAUAAUAUUAGACGCAAAUAUGGAAAAUGGAGAAAAUGCAAAAGGAAGACGUACCACGGGGGAUUCUGGGAUCCCAGAAUCCUUGGAAGACAAAGAUCUGGAAUGUUUAUACAGUAAGAAAAGCCAACAGCAUCCUGAUAUUACAAAGUCUCUUGCUGACACUGGUGGCACGCAGGAUAACCAGACUGAUGAGAAUAACAAAAAUAACUUCACACAUCCAAACCAGUAUCUUUCCCCUCCUACUCCACCUCUGUUGGCUCUGAGUAUAAAUAGAACUCAAGCUCCCAACAGGGUAUUUUCAACUGAUGGAAACCAGUUAAAUAGACAGUUGCAACAUAUCAAGGCUGAAAGAAAACAUCUGGAGAAGACUAGAGAGGAGCUGAUUAAAAAAGUGAAAGGCUUGCUUGAACAGAACAAACUAAGAAGAUAUCAUGCCCGUGACAUAUGGAAGAAGAAAUAUUUUGAAACUAAGAAAAUCACAGCUUCUUUGGAGGAGGUUUUAAACAAACUGCAGGAAAAUUUGGACCUUCACUACCAGAAACUAUUGAUGCAGCUGCAAGCAAGGGAAGUCAGGAAAAGAGGGAAUCGUUUAACACCUAUUGUCAUUUCAAAGAAUAAUACUAUUAUCCAGAUUACAACUCUGCAGCAUGACAUUGAGCAGCUAAGAAGAAAGCUAGACAAUGCAAAAAUGAAGCUUGUCAUUGAAAUUAAGAUGAGAAAGCAGGCCACAUCUGAUUUACAAGCCCUGAAAGCAGAAUUGGCACACAAGAAGGUCCAGUCUUCAUUCAAACUCCAGUCUGAUAAACAAGUGCCUUAGCUGGCUCCAAUUUAUGACAUUUUUCACUAUGUAUUUAUACCGGUGUUCACAGACACUAUUUCUUUCAGAUGUAUAUUUUUAAAUAUAGUAGAGAUUUUGUAUGUGUUGAACCAUGAAACAUAUUUAUAAUUAAACCCAUCUUUAAAAAUUCUUUUGCAGAUGUAACAUGGCAAUAUCAUCCCUCUUCAGUAACACCAAUUUAUUUGU